ACGUGAAAUGACGAGGUUCGUCUUUUGUUCCCCCAAAGACCAGCUGCGAGAGUUCAAGCGAUAAGCUUCCAACUUUCCAAGAGUCUACCGACCUGGUUUUUUGGGGAAGGGUUUUCGUUGCCACAGUAUCUAUGAUCUGCAUGAUUUCAGGGAAUUAAAAGAGGGGAAGAAAGAAUCUUACUCUUUCUUUCUGUUCAUAAAUACUUCUUCAUCAGAUAAGUUCUUCGAAACAGAGGCUAAAAGGGGAACAUCGUAUUGGCGCCAAUUCUUGUUGCCUGGGACCGAAUAGGCGCGAAUUGAAAGAUUAACCGAUUUCUAUAGUUUUGAAACCAUGAAGGCCAUGGAGACAUUGCAAGAUCUGAUCGAGGAAGCCAAGAUUCGAACUGUGUGGUGGGCGUUAGUCAUCUUCGCCGUAUCGUACUUCUUGUCGCAUACAAGUAAAUCAAUGUGGAUGAAUAUUCCCAUAUCAAUUCUCUUGGUUUCUGGAUUGCGCAUUCUAACUAAUGAGGUGGAGCUUCGCUGGAGGGUUCGACCAGUUCGUAGGCAGACAUAUCUAUCUCACCUGGAGAAGGAACAAUUGUCUCUGGAUGAUCCUCACCUUUCAUUUCUUCCACCUCCCUCAUCAAAAUGGACGAGUAAAAUUGAUUCUCCUUUGGUGGAAGCUGCUCUUGAUGAAUUAAUUAAUAAGAUUUUGCAGGAAUUUGUGAUAGAUUUGUGGUACUCUUCGAUCACUCCUGACAGAGAGGCACCUGAGCAAAUACGCCUAAUAAUCACUAAUGUCAUAGGUGAAAUAUCAGGAAGGGUGAAACAGAUCAACCUUGUCGAAUUGCUAACAAGGGAUAUGGUUGACCUGAUUGGUGACCACCUUGAUCUUUACAGAAAAAAUCAAUCUGCCAUUGGUGCAGAUGUCAUGGCAACACUAUCUUGUGAGGAAAAGGAUGAGAGGCUGAAACAUUACCUUAUGGCAUCUAAGAACCUUCACCCUGCUCUGAUAUCUCCCGAGUGUGAGUACAAGGUUCUUCAACGGCUCAUGGGAGGAGUUUUGAGUGUGGUAUUAAGUCCAGCAGAGGCGCAAUGUCCUCUAGUUCAAUGCAUUAGCAGGGAAUUUCUAACUUGCUUGGUGAUGCAACCUGUCAUGAAUUUCGCCAGCCCUGUGUACAUCAAUGAGUUAAUUGAGCAUCUUUUCCUUGCUGCAAAUGAUGGUGACAAUAGAGAGGCAAGUGGUGAUCAGUCAGCUGAUGGUCAUCAUCAUGAUCAUUCUGGUGCAACUGGAUCUACACAGGGUGUUGAACCUACAAUGGAGAAAAAAUUAUCAACCUCUGAUCAACCAAGUGGCAUGAUAUUGGCUACAGGCAGCAACCAAGGAGGCAUGGGCAUGGAUACUUAUGCAAAAAGCAAUAUCUGCAUGUCUAAUGAAGACCGCAUUCACCCACGACCUGCAGAUUGGGCUAGGGUGUUAGAGGCUGCAACUCAGAGAAGAACUCAAGUUCUUGCUCCUGAAAAUAUUGAGAACAUGUGGACUAAGGGAAGAAAUUACAAAAAUAAAGCUGAGAAGCUUGCUAAAGCAGGAUCAUUACCAGGAUCUGUAAUUAAGCCUCCAGGAACUGUGCUUGUCAGUAAGUUGAGCAAGGAAAUGCCAGCCAAAAUUCAUGCAAGUCCUACAGGAACGGAGGAUAAAGCUAAUGUGCAAUUCACACAGGGACUAAACCUUGAUUGUCAAUUUAGUCAUGGAACUGACAUUGAAAAACAGUCAUCUCAGGAUCUGAACAAAGGACCAUCUUUUGGAGGGGAGCAUGCUAUAUUGGAGGAUAAUACUGCUGUAGCUGCUGCUGAUAAAAAAAAUACUGCUGUAGCUACUAAUGGAAAGAAAGCUCAUCUUAAGCGAUCUAAUAGUACUUCUUCUUUGAACACCCAACCUGAUGUAGAGAAAACAUUUAUAGGUGUAGGUGGAUGCUCUAUCAUAUCUGAAGAUUUCUACAGCCCAAAUUCUGGAUCACAUAAAGAAGAUCAUAUUGUUAGCAGCAACCCUGAUGUGGUAUUCUGUAGUGAAGGACUACAACAUGCCCCCAAGCUCAAGUGCCGGGUUGUUGGAGCAUAUUUUGAAAAACAUGGGUCAAAAUCUUUUGCAGUUUAUUCCAUUGCUGUGACAGAUGCAGAAAAAAACACAUGGUUUGUGAAAAGAAGGUACAGUAACUUUGAGCGCCUGCACCGACACCUUAAGGAUAUACCAAAUUAUACAUUACAUUUGCCUCCCAAGCGGUUCCUUUCAUCAAGUACUGAUGAUUCUUUUGUUCAUCAACGCUGCAUUCAACUUGACAAAUAUUUGCAAGACCUUUUGUCAAUAGCCAAUGUUGCUGAGCAGCAUGAAGUGUGGGAUUUCUUAAGCGUUUCCUCAAAGAAUUAUUCCUUUGGGAAAUCUACCUCAGUAAUGAGAACGUUGGCAGUUAAUGUAGAUGAUGCUAUGGAUGACAUUGUGCGCCAAUUUAAAGGGGUUUCUGAUGGUUUGAUGCGUAGAGUUGUUGGUUCACCUUCAUUACCUUAUGCAGCUUCUCCUUCAAUUAUGAGCAAGAAUUUCUCCUUGAGUGCAGAUGACAUAAGUAGGCGUUCUGCAAAUAAACCUGAUUCAAGCUACAACCACAUGGAAACUUCACAUUGCUUAUCUGAUCUUGAGGAAAGUCUCAAAAAUGUAGGUAGUGGCCAUGGGGGAAUAGGAUAUGAGGCAGAAGUUAAUGGUUGGCAUUCAGACAAUGAAUUGAACUCUAAAGGUUUCCCACCUCGAGUGGUCAAGCGUCGCAAUGACUCCAGAGGAUUAGGUUCUGCAAAAAGCCAAAGGUUGAAUUUGCAAGCUGAAAGGAUUGGUUCAGAUGGAUAUCCUCUAGCUAGUUCUUCCUUAACCUAUGAUUCUGUAGAGGAUCCUGUUGGAGUGCCACCCGAGUGGACACCCCCUAAUGUUAGUGUGCCUUUGUUGAAUUUAGUUGAUAAUAUUUUUCAGCUAAAGAGAAGGGGUUGGCUAAGAAGACAGGUCCUAUGGAUUUCAAAGCAAAUUCUACAGUUGAUGAUGGAAGAUUCUAUUGAUGACUGGCUCUUGAGGCAAAUUUAUUGGCUUCGGAGAGAUGAUGUUAUUGCUCAAGGGAUUCGUUGGGUCCAAGAUGUUCUCUGGCCUAAUGGCACAUUUUUUUUGAAAUUAGAGAAUAAUCAAGGUGAUAUAGAGCUCAAUCAGAAACCAGAGCAUGGUGCAACCAGUUUGGCUGGCAAUAAGUUCUCUAAACCAGGGUCAUUUGAACUACAGCUUGAGGCAACUCGCAGAGCUAGUGAUGUCAAAAAGAUGAUCCUUGGUGGAGCUCCAACUGCCUUAGUCAGCUUGAUAGGACAUAAACAGUAUCGACGCUGUGCAAAGGACAUUUAUUAUUUCCUUCAGUCUACCAUCUGUGUUAAGCAACUUGCAUAUGGGAUGUUGGAACUACUGUUCAUUUCAGUCUUUCCUGAGUUGCGUGAUCUUGUUAUGGAUGUACAUAAGAGCAUGCAUGUUGAACCAGCAUAGGAACCUCAAGAAUAAGCGGCAAAACCUUUAGCUUCUAAGAAUGUGCUCUCUUUUCUUUUGUAAGUGGUCAGAUGCUCAGAGCAGCAAAACAUCUACAAUUAUGAUGAUACUCGUGCUUGGGUUAUCCUAUUUUGUACAUUCUGAAAUGGGGGGGAAGUUCGGAAUCUUCUUGCUUGAUGACUGAAAUUCUUUUUUGAGCGUUGGGGAGGUGCCCUGUAUCUCUCUAAUUCAAACUGUACAGAUUGUAUAUUUAGAGUCUGUAUAGUUCAUAGUGGUCUAUAACCACUUCAACCAACACACGCAAUCAUUCUUUAGCUGAGGCUUUUUACACUGGAAUUCAAUUACGUAAUUAAAGGUUUUCUUUGGUUUUUGACCUGUAAUGCAUGUAGAACUCUGGCUUUUCAUAAUUAUUCUGAACCGAUAUUUUGUUUGUCCCA